AUGGCUAGUUCGUAUUUCUAUGGUGUGUAUUUGCUCUGCAGCCUGAAUCCUGAUAAACGCUUCGCCGGGCGUUGCUAUAUAGGCUUCACUGUGGACCCUAAUCGUCGAAUAAAUCAACACAAUCGUGGUAAAGAAUUUGGCGGUGCCAAACGUACCAGCAACAAAGGUCCUUGGAAAAUGGUCAUGAUAGUACAUGGAUUUCCAAAUAAUAUAGCGGCGCUGCAAUUUGAAUGGGCAUGGCAACAACCAGCGCUUUCCACACGCUUGAAAUCAUAUCCAGAGUUGCGUCGCAAAAAUCGAAAGGAAAGUCAUUUUGAAUAUAACUUUCGCAUUUUGAGCCGCAUGUUAAAUGUCGGUCCAUGGCAUCGUUUACCACUUACCAUACGCUGGCUAGAAAGUGAAUACGAAUGUGAUUUUAUGUUAAAACCACCAGCGCAUAUGCAAAUAGUGAGCGGUGAUAUUAUACUACCAAAAUCACAAUCAUCACGGCAAAAACGUAACGAGGAAUUGUCACCACCACGCGCCAUUUGGGCACACGAAUGCCACUUGUGCAUGCAGCCGAUUGAAAAUCCGGAACGUUCUCGUAUUGGUUGUAUAAAUUCCCUGUGUAAGCUCACAUGUCAUAUUAUAUGCCUAGCCAAUUAUAUACUAGCCUCGGACGAGAGCAAUCGUGGUCACUACAUACCCAUUGCUGGCGAGUGUCCGCUGUGCGAAGAAAAGUUUGCUUGGAUUGAUUUACUGCAGCGAAAACGUAAAUUACAGGCAAAUGGCGUGGAACAAAUUGAAGAGGAAGAUGAUGAUGAUGAUGAAUAUGACAUUGACAGUGAUGACUAUAAUGGUUACAAAAGUGAUUUUAGCACCGAGGACGCUAAAUCCGAGAGCGAAAGUGGUAGUAUGCUCGGCAUUAAUUCUAAAAAUGAUGUUGAUAUUGAAAAUGGGCAUGUGACUGUAAGAAGUGAAGUCCCUAAAGAGGAUGAUAUACUAGAUUUAUGUAAAAAUGAUGAUAUAAUUUACGUGUUGAGUGACUAAGUUAUUUGAAUUAAAUCGAAUGUAUUGUAAUUAUAUUAAUUAUCCAAUUCUUAUCAAAUAAAAUAAAAUUU